UUUACGCUCCUCUCACGCUCUGUUUUCUGGUUAGGGGAUUUGCAUAAAAAUCUUCGCGUUUCGAAUAUUUGCCCGUCCCCCAAUUUUUCCCAAAGAUUUUCCUUAACCUAAUAUAUGGCUUCUGCAGAAGUUGAGUACAGGUGCUUCGUCGGCGGUCUCGCCUGGGCCACCGACGACGAGUCCUUGGAGCGGGCUUUCAGUCAGUUCGGCGAGAUCCUCGAGUCCAAGAUCAUUAACGAUCGCGAGACGGGGAGGUCAAGAGGGUUCGGAUUCGUGACUUUUAGGGAGGAGAAGUCGAUGAGGGAUGCGAUCGACGGAAUGGACGGACAGAGCCUGGACGGCCGUAACAUCAGCGUCAGCGAAGCUCAGUCCCGCGGAAGCGGAGGUGGUGGUGGCGGUGGCGGGUUCAGCCGUGGAGGCGGCGGUGGAAGGCGUGAUGGAGGUGGCUAUAACCGCAACAACGGAGGUGGAUAUGGUGGAGGUGGCUACGGAGGUGGUCGCCGCGAGGGCGGUGGUGGUUACGGGCGUGGUGGUUACGGAGGUGAGAGGUACUCAAGAGGUAGCUCUGAUGGAAACUGGAGGAAUUAGUUUUUUUCUCUAGAGUUGGU